AUGGAUCUCGUGCAAAAAGAACAUGAGCGACUGGUGAAGAAGACCAAAGCCGCUCAAGGCCUUAAGUCUGUACAGACCUCGAUAGAUUUGCUGCAAAACGCGCGGGACGCUAUUGCUGCAGAUCCGAGUCAAGCAUCAAUCAUCCUCGCCAAGCUGCAGAACCCGAUCAAAGCAUCCUUCGAUUCAGUCAAUGAUAGUCUCAAGGAAACCCACAGCAGCCUCAACAAAUAUUCCAAGGCUCUGGAUAAGCUUUUCAAAGAUAAACCACUCCCAAGCACCGAGAAUGACCUUCUCUCUUCCCAAGAACACCUUAUCAACCGAGCCAUCGCGAUGCAUCUCCUGAGGGAGGGGCAGUUCUCGGUGGCGGCCACCUUCCUCUCCGAGAUGGCCGAGAAGAAGGCCGCAGACAAACAGCAGGCUACAUCGGCCAACGCCGCGGAAAAUGCUGCCUCCAUUCUUGACAUAGAUGAGGUUCCAUCGGGGGAGGUACGCAAGCAAUUCGCCACAAUGUACUACAUCCUGCACGAGUUGAAAGAGAACAACAACCUGCUCCCCGCGAUACAAUGGGCACGGGACAAUGACGAGGCGCUGGCGGCGCGGGGCAGCAAUCUCGAGUUCGAGCUCUGUCGGCUGCAAUUCGUGUGGCUCUUCCACGGCGCCCACGAGCAGCACGGCCCGACGCCCGCUGGACGGCAGGCAGCUCUGGAGUACGCCCGCCGCGAAUUCCAUGGCUUCCUACCUCGAUACAUACACGAGGUGCAGCAGUUGAUGGGCGCGAUGGCCUUCUGCCCCAACCUGCAAGCCUCGCCUUACCGGAACAUCUUCCACAACCCGUCGGCAUGGUCAGACGUAGCCCACUCAUUCACGCGCGAGUUCUGCUCACUGCUGGGCCUCUCCGCGGACUCGCCAUUGUACAUAGCUGCCACCGCCGGCGCCAUCGCCCUACCAACCCUCCUCAAACUCCAGACAAUCAUGAAAGCCAAACGAACCGAGUGGACCACCGAGAACGAACUACCAGUCGAAAUCCCCCUCCCACCAUCCUACCUCUUCCACUCCAUCUUCGUCUGCCCCGUCUCGAAAGAACAAUCCACCGACGACAACCCACCCAUGAUGAUGCCUUGCGGGCACGUCAUUGCCGAAGAAUCCCUCAAACGACUGUGCAAGGGCAGCCGGUUCAAGUGUCCAUAUUGCCCGAAUGAGAGUCACCCUCGCGAUGCCAAGAAGGUGUUUCUUUAGUUGGCGGUGGGAAGUGCCUCCAAUCGACAAGCUGCAGGGUAAGUACAUACAAACACAUAUCCCUGUAACCAUUCAUUAGCGUGCGGGCGUCAAGGUCGGACAUGGGACGCGUAGUACGGACUCUUUCCUCCUGUAUCUGUGUUUUCUUCUUUUCGGCGUAGUCAGGACAAUGGGCGGGCUGGAUCACGGGGUUUUAAGAGCGUAGGACCAUGGAUUAGGGUCAAAUAGGUCAAUGAUGUAUAUACUAUCUUUAUCCCCUUGGCAUAAUAAACUCUGCAUCAAGACGAAUUUCAAUUUUUGUCGAGUUUGCCAGGGGAAGAAUGACACAUUGGUGGAUGGAAAGGCACUGGGAAGUGUUGUUGCUGGUGCUAACAUCAUCCACCCUGUCGAGUACGCUCGGGACAAUAUAUGAUGUUGCGCACAAGUAACCCGCCGCCUCGGUUUCGAGAGAGGGUCUUCGUUCUGCAGUAUCUUCAG